AUGUCAAAUAAUUCCAAAGAUAAUUCAAAUAACAAUUUAUUGUUUGAUGAUGGCAAUGGGAAUAAUGAUGACAAAAAUAGUGAUUCAAAAGUGUUCAUUAAUAGACCGAGUUUAGGUUUAAAAUUAUGGGGGCCUUUAGUUCCUGCCGCAGAUAACAGAAAGGGACUUUGGGCACUGUUAUCUAUUCAGACAGCUAUUGGUGUCUAUGCCUUCUAUAGGUUCCAUAAAUUAUCUACUACUAGCCGUAUGCCGGUCAAAUUCAGUAAUAGCAGUACUUAUUAUAAUUUGCCACCAAGUUUGAAUAGAUUCGCUAAUCCACAGACAACAGUGAUGACCACUCGUUUCCAGUCUGGUAGAUAUUUGACUUGGAGGAAAAUUGGUGCUUUAUUGACAGGUGUUGUCUUAUUAUCACAAUCAUGUUUAGAGUUUUGUAGGUUAAUGUUACUACCAUUUGAUCCCUGGUACGAUGAAGCAAAAUUAAUGAGAGAUAAAAAAUUCUUCAAUGAUAUUAUUAAAUUCUAUUAUUACAAAGACGAUAAAAGCAUUGAUUCAAUAAAAAUAGUCAAGAUUGUAAAUUCUAGCUUAGAUAUCAAAACUGACCAGAUUAAUAAGAAUGGAAAUAGAAAUACAGAAGAUAUGUCGUGGGAUGAUGAUAAUGAUAGAAAUUCUCUAGGGUCAGCUGAAAGGGAAAAUAUACAAACAAAAACAUUAAAUGCCACUGAACUGAGACAAAGUAUGGCUAUCCUUAAAGCUCAAAAGGAACAAGCUAAUCCAGUUAUUAAAUGGUUUGGUCCUAUUGACUAUAAACCAAUGUCAUUUGGAAAAUAUUUAGAUCUAUUAGAAUAUUAUUUAUCUAUGAGGGAAAAUCUGGAAAUUAAUAGACAUAAUAACAUAGAUAACAAGAAUAGUAGUAUUUUAAGUAAUGCUAUUUUAAUACGGCCUGGUUGGGAAGAAGAAUACACGGAAUUAUGCAAAAAAAAUCAAAACUGGAGAGAACAUCUUCUUAAGCAUUCAUAUAGUUUAUCAAAGGUAAAUGCUGUUGAGUAUUCUAAUUCAAAUGACGAAAAUUCAGAGUCAUCAAGCAUUCCUACAAAAGCUCUAGCUAGAAAUAUAAUUAUUGAUCCAGCCAUGAAAUCUAAGGAAAAUCUGGAUUUAGAUGAGAUCUGGACUUUGCACGAUCCAUGGAUAAAUCUGGCUUUAGACACAUCUUUGAGUAUUAAAUUUAUUCCUACAUCAAUAAAAAAGAAAAAUGACGAGUAA